AUGAAGCAUAUCAUGGCUAGAUAUUCCCAAGUCGAUCCGAUCUAUUACAGCACCGUUCUCGGAGGCGGGCAGGCGAAUGCCGGACAACUCGAGAGUGCCAUCAAAAAGUCCGUAGAUACCAUUACCUCUAACUGGAUUAUAACUCCCUCGUGGCUCCAAGCUUUUGUCGAGGGCGAGACAUGCUGGUCGGACUAUCAAGUUAUCAUCAACAACCUCCACCGCAUGUCAAAGCUCUUGAAGCUGAUCCCGGAGGGCGAGACGCCUGAGAACCGCGCAUUACGCCUCACACGCCGCGAAGCGUACAAGAAAGCUCUGCGCGCCCAUCAAGAACACGUCCGUAUGGGGCUCGCAGACCUCGUGUCCCAGUAUAUCCUAGAACCUCUGAAGGCGACAGCAGUGUGUCAGAGCUCGUCAACCAAGUCUCUCGUUCGAAGCUCGGUUGACUUCCCCGACAACAAGGCCCUCGCCUAUGCAGAGUUCAAGCGCGCUGAUUCCAUCCUCUACCCUCCACAAAACGCGAACGCCUCCGGUUCCCACAUGAUUUUGUGGGUCCAGGGUGCCCUAAGCAAGAAGAUGCGGACUAGGAAGCGGGCUCGAGAGAGCGAUGGUGAUGAGGAGGAAGGACGUGGUAUGGCGGAUUUCUUACGUGAUGGAGAGUGA